AUUUUAGUUAUGAAUUUAACAUCAAGACCCUUAUUUAGAUAUUUUCAUUUUACUUUCAGAGAGAGUAAAUUCAAAGACUAAAGAUUCUAAUAACUCAUCAACUUUGAUGACAUCUCCAAGUGUGAGACCUCCAGAUGAUGUACAUGAAGGCUACGGGGAUGACAGUGAUAAGACGUUAGGAGCAUUUCCAUUCAGUCAACCCAUUGCUAAAGACAAAGACGAAGACGCUGAGUUACGUAGACAACUCACUGGAAUGGGAAAAGCUUCAAAGAAACAGCUUGCAUCCUUAGCUAGGAAGUUUUUCAAGAGGAAGAAGAAAAACUCGAAACAAAUACUCGGUGAGAAGCUUGCACCUUCUAUGGUGAAUCUUCUAGAAGACGAGGAUGAGGAGGAAGAUGAGGAUUUACAUAUAGAUAGUCGCUAUGGUAGCAGUCCUCCGGAAAUAGAACCUCUGCCAUCAAGUUUGAUCGGUGUACCAAGUCACAGGACUGUACAGAGACCAGCCUACAGGCCGGAAGGGGUUACCACUUACUUUGACAAUAAAAAUGUAGAUAUGGUAUAGAUGCCUGUGAUUCAUUUAGUUUAAAGUGGACAUGACAGAGUAAAAAAAAUGUUUUGUUUUUCAUAUCACUCUGCUAAAAUGUUUAUCUUUAUAGCCCAAUCAGGCUUCUAUCCUGACUUAAGAUAUACUAUAAGGCUCAUUACUUGUGUAAUAAAACCAUUAUACACUAGUCCAUAGUUUAUUCAUUCUGAUCUAUACUCUUUAUCUGUCUUUGAGUACUCUUCUGUCUAGUACAUGUUCAGUUGUUUUUAAGUGUCAGAUAACUUUAUUUGCCAGGUACUGUCAUUUUGAGAAUAAAAUGCCCUCUCUUUCAAAAGCCAGAUUGUUAGAGAUUCUUGAUUUACAUUAUUUUUGAAAAUGUUGCAGUUAUAUUGAUGGUAGGCAAGAAAAAUGAUCAAAAGUCUUCCUUAAUAAAGCAGGUGUUUUCCCUACCCUUGGAGCAGCAUGGAUAAAUAACCUCUGGGUUUUCCAUUCCAUGCUGUCUCUAAAGGUUUGGGAAAGCCCCAACUUCCACAGGAAGUCGUAUAAGAUCCACAGAAUGUUGUUGUUGUUUUCUUCAAAGUGAAAAAACUGGAAUGAUUUCAUUUUUUACAUUGACCUUCAAAAUAUUCAAACAUUUUCACUACAGUACAUUCAUCAUGUGUUCAUUUUUAAAUAGAGCCUCACUUUUUUUGUCUGCUUUGCUAUAUUUGUGACCUUAACUGAACUACAAGCCUUGAAUGAGCUGUAGGUGUGUGGUUUCCAUCUUCCUGUGUAUAUUGUCCUUCUGGUAACAUCUUUCUUUGAAAUAAAAUCUUUGCAGCUUGUAAUUUUCUCUAUGCUUGAUCUUUAACGUGCUUACGACUGUUUUAAUGAAAUGUGUAAAACUUACUUUAACCUUUAGCCUGCAGUAUUUCCUAAAAUGGCUGCUCCAGCAUUCACUUGGGCAGUACCACU